GAGUCUAGGCCUGGCGCGCGCCCCAGCGGCGCGAGCGGAAGAGCAAGAGCUUCGAGGAGGCGGCGGAAGCAGAGAGCGACGGCGUCCCCGGUGAGGCUGCUCUUUAUCAGAAGGAAAGCUCUGUGUCGUUUGCCUUCAGACACAAUCUAUCUGCGUGUUCUAAGGUUUUAUUAUUCAGAAAAUAAAUGUCAUUUAUUUGAUUGAGGUGGUACCAUGCAGCAAGGAGCAGAGAGAUGCAGAGUUCGAGCCAGAAGGCCUGACAUGGCACUUUAUGUACCUAAAGCUCGAAGGGGUGUAGUGCUGCUCAAGUCAGGUGAUGAGGAAAAAAGCUGUGGUCCACCUAGCUCCGUGGUGAAAGAAGAACAAAAAGAAGAUUGUUUCUUGCAAAAGGCGAUCUUUAGAGACAAAUCUGAGACUCAGAGCCUAAGCAUUAAUCCCGAUAAAAAGGAGCACAACCGUAGAGAAGGAAAGAAAUUUUCAACAAAAUUAAGAAAAGGCAUGUGCCUUCAAGAAAGAAAGAAAGAUAGGGUUUGUGUUAAGAGGGGAACUACAGAAUCCAAAGAAACAUUAUCCCAAGGACAUCAGCAAAGCAUCCCAAAUCCUGGGAUACCUAGGGUACCUUUACAAAGACAUUUUAAACCAAAGCAGGUGGAGCGUUUGGAGGUUGAAACCACAGAUGUGACGGGACCUGGGAAGUUGCUUCUAUCUCCGUCUUACUCAGAAAUGAGUGAGGCCCAGGUUCUAAACAAACCAUUCCAAAAUGUGGAAUUCUGUGAUGUCAGUAGGCAUGAAUUAAGUGGCAAAACAUUUGAAGGCAGAGGUUUAGAAAGCAGAAUUGAAACUGAUGCCAAGGUUGUGGAGAUACUAUCCCAGUUUCCUGGAGUUUUUAAUUCUGUGUUGAAACCUGAGAGUAUGAUUGUACCUGUAAAACUGAAUUCUGAUUCUGGAAUUGUACAACAAAGCAUGCAAACAUCGUGUGGAAUGUUGACUCCCAGCAGUGGAGGCAUCACUGCAAUUUCUAUUCUUGGAAGUCCGGAUGGUGUCACUGACCAAACCUGUGUAGGCUUUGAAGCUGAGAAUGUUGGUGAUGUAGCCAACAGUACAGAUUUCAUCUUGGGUCAGAGAGGUACAGGUUCCAUUCCUGAGACUGUGGAUCACAUUUUUCAUAAAAUGACUAUAGUCAGCAAAUUAGAGAGCAUAAAUGGCAUUUUUGAUCCGACAGUGAUUAGAGAGUGUGAGGAGAAUGACAGCACUGCUGAUGACUUGUGUAUAAAGUAUGAACCUUCUGAUACAGCUCUCCUUGCUCAUGAAAUAGAUACAGAUAAUGAGUCGAAGAGUGUAGGUGACAUUACCAAUAAGGCAUGUAAGGUGGACAUUACACAUGUCUUGUCUGAUCCGAUAACUAUGGGCAGCCCUUGUGUAGUUGCAGUUAGAACAGCUGAUGAGGCCUGUAGUAACACAGGUAGUUUCUCAAAAUAUUUAGAAAUGAGUGCAGAUACAGCCCCUCUUCAUGUAACUAGAAGUGGGAAUGACAUGGAAAAUUUCAGCAAUCUGACUGCUUGCUCAGAUAUUUAUGCUGAGAGUAUUUCAUCUAGUUUCACAGAGUCAACAGGAAAGUUGAUAGAGAGCUUGUCAGAUUGUGCUUCCUCCUUACCUAUAAAGAAGAUUGCUGGUAGUAAUUGUAACACUUUUUUGGACUCUGAACUCAGUAUGUUAAAUGGGACAAAAAUACUUUCAGAUAGUGCCUUGGGCAAUGAUCUAGAUUGUACUGGUGAUAUAACAGAGGCAUUGCAUGAACUAAAAACUGCUGAAGAGUUCAAAACAAAAGAGGAAGAUGACUCAGAGAAUAUAGAAUUUGGUGUAUCCUUUCCUGAUACAGAAUCUGUAUCUAUGGAAAUACCCAUGGAACCGAAAGCAACAGAAAUGUCUCGUGUGGAGGGAAGUGCUGCUACUGAGGAGAGCUGGGAGUCUUUGUUUAAUGAUGAUGGUGACUGCCUGGAUCCACGUCUUCUACAAGAGUUAUCAGGCAAUAUGAAGAAUAGAGAAAGCAUCCAGGAACCUAGAUUUGAUUAUUACAACCAUGAAGUUUCUGAUAUUGACCUCAGUGAUUGUGAAUUUCCACAUGUCAUUGAAAUUUAUGACUUCCCCCAAGAAUUUCGUACUGAAGACCUCCUGCGCGUUUUUUGCAGUUAUCAAAAGAAAGGAUUUGAUAUUAAAUGGGUGGAUGACACACACGCCCUAGGAGUAUUCUCCAGUCCAAUUACAGCUCGUGAUGCUCUGGGUAGUAAACAGACUGUGGUGAAAACCCGGCCCUUGUCACAGGCCACAAGAGCGGCCAAGGCCAAAGCCAGAGCGUAUGCCGAGUUCCUGCAGCCAGCCAAGGAGCGUCCUGAGACUUCGGCAGCCCUAGCCAGAAGGUUAGUCAUCAGUGCCCUUGGGGUUCGAAGUAAACAGAGCAAAACUGAAAGGGAAGCAGAGCUCAAGAAACUGCAGGAAGCUCGAGAGAGAAAACGACUGGAAGCCAAGCAACGGGAAGAUAUCUGGGAAGGCAGAGAGCAGUCUGCGGUUUGAACAUUAUUCAACGAAGGGGAUAGUUCUAUGAAUUCAGAAAAUAUUUCCAUAGUUUUCAGAUAGGAGGAUCCUUCUAGAGUUCUGUGUACAUGCAGAAGUACGUGUUAAUGAAAGAAAGAGAGAAAGCCAUCAAGACGGGCACUGACUGGGUACAGAAAGAUGGACUCCUGUCCGUCUUCGCUUCUAACUGCAGUUCUUUGGAACUGCCCUACUGUGCUGGGCAUAGAAGGGAGCCAUCAGCCAGGAAGCUGACUUGUGACAGCUUGGAUAGGACUUCCGAGAGUCUUCUGCAGGGGGGGUGGGGGGCAAGUCCCAUCGUUUGCCUGGCUCACACGUCUAAGAUGUCUGAAGAAGAUACGAAACAGAGGAUUCAAACCUGCAAUGAUGGGAGAUUUCGGCCCUGCAAAGGCAGCGUGUUCCUUCGGACCUCACAGAACUGAGGGCUGGUGGAGCAGCAGUUAGUUCAGAGAGAUGGAACAGUGCACAGAAUCGACACUGUCACUCGCAGAACUGCAGCACCGGUGAGCUGUGGCCUAGGUGGGUGUUUGGACUGAGCGGGGGCCUGGGGCUGCUCCAGUAGCAGCCAGAGGUCUGCCAGCUUCGGUCCUCACGGGAAGCCAGCCGCGCGUGGAAGCCGAGCGCUGGUUCCAGAGGAACCGUACUGUCAUGUUGUGAGAGGGAGACAUUAAAGCUCAUUUUACGACACA